AAGCUCGCCGGCGUCGUGAUUUGAUCUCGUUUUUUUCGCCGAAUUCCCAAUUGUCUUGAAAGCACCACAAGAGGCGGAUGUUGAGUAGAUGAAUGAUAAACAGACGAGCUAACAGUUGCCAUCAUUUGACUUCCCGACAAACAGGCUUGUGAUAUAGCUGUCGUCAUCACCUAAUUCCAAUUGUGUGUAAGAGACAACACAUCAGGCUGUUGGACCUGACAGAAGAGCAGGCUCUGUAGGUGGAAACUCCCCACUGUCAUCAUCAGAGUGGCUGAUCGAGUCCAAGGCCAGUGGUGAGUGGAGCUUCUACCCCAGGCCCCUCCCCAUCCAGAGGUCCAGUCAGCAUGUCCAGCGACCCCCCUCCUCCCUACCCCGGAGGUCCCAGCGCCCCUCUUAUCAAGGAGAAGAAUGGACAGCCAGCCAUUCCGGGCUCGGCGGUCCCUGUAUCGACGAGUCCUCCUCAGGGACACCCCCUGCCUCCAGACUAUGGCCCUCCACCCUACGAGGCCACACUACAGCCAGGCUUCUUGCCGCCACACGUCCCAGGAGAUGGGGCCAUGCCCAUACCACAUGGUGGCUUCUACCCUCCGCCAGGUCACUUUGGCCCGGGGCAGUUUGGCCCGGGGCAGUUUGGCCCGGGGCAGUUUGGCCCGGGGCCCAUUCAAUUUGGGCCUGUGGCAGGUCAGACGGCUCACACGGUGCUGGUACCCCCUGGGACAGCUACCACAGUGACCGUGCUACAGGGGGAGAUAUUCCAGACAGCACCCGUACAGACUGUGUGUCACCACUGCCAGCAGCCCAUCAUCACCCGCAUCAACCACAGCGUGGGCCUCAUGAACGCUGUCUUCUGCCUCUUCUGCUUCUUUGUUGGGUGUGAUCUGGGCUGCUGCUUGAUUCCCUGUCUGAUCGAUGAUCUCAAGGAUGUGAUACACACCUGCCCCUACUGCAAGGGCUACAUCUACACAUACAAGCGUAUCUGCUAACCACCAACAGACAGACACGUGUACAGUGGGGCAAAAAAGUAUUUAGUCAGCCACCAAUUGUGCAAGUUCUCCCACUUAAAAAGAUGAAGAGGCUUGUAAUUCAUCAUAGGUACACUUCAACUAUGACAGACAAAAUGAGAAAAAAAAAUCCAGAAAAUCACAUUGUAGGAUUUUUAAUGAAUUUAUUUGCAAAUUAUGGUGGAAAAUAAGUAUUUGGUCACCUACAAACAAGCAAGAUUUCUGGCUCCCACAGACCUGUAACUUCUUAUUUAAGAGGCUCCUCUGUCCUCCACUUGUUACCUGUAUUAAUGGCACCAGUUUGAACUUGUUAUCAGUAUAAAAGACACCUGUCCACAACCUCAAACAGUCACACUCCAAACUCUACUAUGGACCAAAGACCUGUCAAAGGACACCAGAAACAAAAUUGUAGACCUGCACCAGGCUGGGAAGACUGAAUCUGCAAUAGGUAAGCAGCUUGAUUUGAAGAAAUCAACUGUGGGAGCAAUUAUUAGGAAAUGGAAGACAUACAAGACCACUGGUAAUCUCCCUUGAUCUGGGGCUCCACGCAAGAUCUCACCCGGUGGGGUCAAAAUGAUCACAAGAACGGUGAGCAAAAAUCCCAGAACCACACGGGGGGACCUAGUGAAUGACCUGCAGAGAGUUGGGACCAAAGUAACAAAGCCUACCAUCAGUAACACACUAUGCCGCCAGGGACUCAAAUCCUGCAGUGCCAGACGUGUCCCGCUGCUUAAGCCAGUACAUGUCCAGGCCUGUCUGAAGUUUGCUAGAGAGCAUUUGGAUGAUCCAGAAGAAGUUUGGGAGAAUGUCAUAUGGUCAGAUGAAACCAAAAUAUAACUUUUUGGUAAAAACUCAACUCGUCGUGUUUGGAGGACAAAGAAUACUGAGUUUAAUCCAAAGAACACCAUACCUACUGUGAAGCAUGGGGGUGAAAACAUCAUGCUUUGGGGCUGUUUUUCUUGAAAGGACGACUGUUCCGUGUAAAGGAAAGAAUGAAUGGGGUCAUGUAUCGUGGGAUUUUGAGUGAAAACCUCCUUCUAUCAGCAAGGGCAUUGAAGUUGAAACAUGGCUGGGUCUUUCAGCAUGACAAUGAUCCCAAACACACCGCCCGGGCAACGAAGGAGUGGCUUCGUAAGAAGCAUUUCAAGGUCCUGGAGUGGCUUAGCCAGUCUCCAGAUCUCAACCCCAUAGAAAAUCUUUGGAGGGAGUUGAAAGUCCGUGUUGCCCAGCAACAGCCCCAAAACAUCAUUCCUGCUCUAGAGGAGAUCUGCAUGGAGGAAUGGGCCAAAAUACCAGCAACAGUGUGUGAAAACCUUGUGAAGUCUUACAGAAAACAUUUGACCUCUGUCAUUGCCAACAAAAGGAUAUAUAACAAAGUAUUGAGAAACUUUUUUUAUAGACCAAAUACUUAUUUUCCACCAUUUCCAAAUAAAUUCAUUAAAAAUCCUACAAUGUGAUUUUCUGGAUUUUUUUCCUUCUCAUUUUGUCUGUCAUAGUUGAAGUGUACCUAUGAUGAAAAUUACAGGCCUCAUCUUUUUAAGUAGAAUAACUUGCACAAAAACUUGCACAGAAACUUGCACAAUUGACUAAAUACUUUUUUUGCCCCACUGUAUAUAUAUAUAUAUCUUAUGCACACAUUAACUCACAGCUCCUCAUGGUUGUAGUUGCAGCCUAUGUUCUUUCUUCAACAUUUGCUCAGUGUGUCGUGCUUCAUUUAGCCCUCCUAACUUUACCCUCACUUUCUAAAGCACUGACUUGUUCACACUCACUAUAUUUACUGUAUAUCAUAGGAGGCUGGUGGGUGGAGCUGUAAGAGGACAGGCUCAUUGUAAUGGCUGGAAUGGAAUCCAUGGAACGGAGUCCAACACGUUGCCCAUGUGUUUGAUUUGUUUGGUACUAUUCCAUUCCAGCCAUUACAAUGAGCCUGUCCUCCUAUAGCUCCUCCCACCAGCCACCUCUGCUAUAUUUAUUGUCCAGACUCACUUACCUAGCUAUGUACAGGCAUUUCGAUAAGUGCUAGAUAGACACAUCACACAGGACUGAACCUGAUCUAAAAACAGAAACUUAUAACAAUUGAGAAAAGAUGAGUUGUAGACACGGUACAUCUUGCAUACUUUAUAAAUAAAAUUAUUUGGUUACAGGAAGGCUUUGAAUUUGACAUUUAUGGAUCAAACUUGAGGGGUAGAGAAAGGUCACACUUUGGGAAAGCUGUAAACAUUUGUCACUUUAAUCAAAAUUGUCAGCCAUCAUCAGCAAUUGCAGGGUCAGUAUUUUUGUUUUUGUAAUUAUUUAAUGUAAUUUAACAUGUUAAUAUUGAGGACAAGGAAGGUUACGUCCAUGUCUGAGACCUACUUUAUGUUUAUGUUCUAAUCACCCUGUUUGUCCUACAACCUUAAUGUAUAUCCAUUUCCAAUGUUACAAGGAAAUAACCAUGUAUCAGAUUUGUUAGGACAAACUCGAGUCGGUAAGACUGAGUUAAUUUCAGUUGUUCUCACUUAAGUGAGAGAAGUAUGUGUUACUGUCUUUUUAAAUCCUCUGUGCUUUAGUCACUUGAUGUCCAGUGAUUUUUGCUCGAGCUGUUACACAAUAAUGCCAGUCAUGUCCAUAUUAAUGUAUUCAAUUUUGUUAAUGAAGAAAAUGUGUGCUUGUAUUGCAAAUGUACAAGUUACCAUGUGAAAUGUCAUACAUUCAUAAAACCAUAAUUGCCAUGA